AUGAGGAGAGAAAAUGACACCUGGGUGAGUGAGUUCAUCCUGCUGGGCCUCUCCAGUGACAGAAGGACCCAGGUGGGACUCUUUGUCCUGUUUGGGGCUGCCUACCUGCUGACCUUACUGGGCAACGGGCUCAUCCUCCUGCUGAUUGUCCUGGACACGCGACUGCACCUGCCCAUGUACUUCUUCCUCUGCAACCUCUCGGCCGUGGACCUCUGCUACACCUCCAGCGGGGUCCCCCAGAUGCUGGCACACUUCCUGAUGGAGAAGAAGACCAUCUCCUUCACCCGAUGUGGGACCCAGCUCUUCUUCUCCCUGGCCCUCGGGGGCACCGAGUUCCUGCUGCUGGCCGCAAUGGCCUACGACCGCUACGUGGCUGUGUGUGACCCCCUGCGUUACAUGACAGUGAUGAGCCCAAGGCUCUGUGUGGCACUAGCAGCUGUCUCUUGGCUUGUGGGUCUGGCUAAUUCUGCUGUGGAGACAGCAGUUACCAUGCGCCUUCCCACCUGUGGGCACAACAUGCUGAACCAUGUGGCCUGCGAGACACUGGCUGUGGUCAGAUUGGCGUGCGUGGACAUCACCCUCAACCAGGUGGUCAUCGUGGCCUCCAGUGUGGUUGUGCUGCUACUGCCCUGCUGCCUGGUCUCCCUGUCCUACGCCUACAUCGUGGCUGCCAUCCUGCAGAUCCACUCCACCCAGGGACGCCGCAAAGCCUUUGGAACCUGUGCCUCGCACCUCACCGUGGUCUCCAUGUCUUAUGGGAUGGCCCUCUUUACCUACAUGCAGCCUCGUUCCACCGCCUCUGCCGAGCAGGACAAGGUGGUGGUGCUCUUCUAUGCUGUGGUGACUCCCAUGUUGAACCCCCUCAUCUACAGCCUGCGGAACAAGGAUGUGAAGGCUGCUCUGGAAAAAUUACUUGGAAAAUAUAAUCUCUUUUCUUUAGAAAUUACUCAGUCUCUGGUAUUCUGUUACAAUAAUAUAAAAAGGUUUUCUGAUUGA